UGCAGUGUGACCAUCAUUCAUCAUUCAGUCAAUUCUUAAAACGGUCCAUCUCACCCCCCCUCUCCUCUCCUCUCUCCACGUGACAAAAAUAUGACCUACAUACCGACCAUCUGCAUAAUCACUGACGUGACGUCUCUCCCCCCCUCCUUCUCACUCACAUGUCAGACAUGACAUGGUUGCAGCCAUGCCAAUGAAUGACACAUCCCGUUAUUUACCCACACGCGGCGUCAUGCCGUCGAAGGUCAGUCAUAUGUUGAGGUUGACAGAUAUGCCGAGGUUGCCCGGGCCGACCCCGUUGACGAACCCUUGUGGCCCCAGCAUGGGCGCCGAGUCGUCGGGCACACAGGACAUCUGGAUCUGGGUGCGGCCCUGCUCGUACCGACCCGACAGAUUGAUGUUCGUGUCGGGGAUCCGAUACGCCAACCUGCACGCAUGGCAUGCCAUGUGAACAGGGAGGGAUACAUGGUGUGGUGGUUGGUGUCAGUCAGUGAGUGGAUCUGCUCACCCGACGUUCCAUGGGCUGCCUCCCGCACCCAUGGCGAACUGCUGUUGGAUGGCACGCAGCUGCUGAUCCUGCUGCUGCAAGAUCUGCGCCAAUCCACGCUGCACCGUCAUACACACACACACACACGCACACACACAGUCGUCUCGGUGUGCACGUGUAUACGUGGGUGUGUGUGUAUACCAUUUGUUCGGCGAAUUUGGAUUGUGUCUCGACGACUUUCCUGGAUCCCUUGGCGAGCUCAUCGAGGAUGUCUUUGAGCUCUGCCGCCUCACUGCCGUACUCCCAAUUGCUGUUCUGAACGCAUGAAUUAUCAAUCAAAAGAAGCACGUCCGUCACAUGUGAAGAUGUGUGCGUGUGAGGUGUGGUGUAGUGCGGUGUGCCUUUGUGCAUACCUUCCUCCUGGCUGCCUCUGCUUCGGUGUUGAAGAAGCUCUGUGCCGUCACCACCGCAUCGUAGUCCUUGGUGCCGUCAGCACUGCACACACCACACACACCAGGCAGGCAGGCAGGCAGGUAAUCCACGCCCAUCACUGUGCAAGUGUACGUCAGCGUCUGUCACUCACUGACUCACUCACUCACUCACCGCAUGGCACUCUUGUACUUCUGCAGAGCCUUGUCGCGCAAUAUGCGGAGCUGACAACGACCACAGCAGAGGGGCAACAAGCCAAGAUGACGACAACACAUACCUUCACCAUGCCAUGUGUACACCGACCUGUUUGAGGAACACCACAUGAAGCGAUGCAUCCAGCAUCCUCUCAAGCUCCUCAACCUAGACACACAGAGAGGAAGAUGCCACCACGGGGUGGUUCGCUCUGCUCAGCCGGGUGCGGUACGCCUCUCACUCACCUUUUUGUCCAUGAGUGUGGCCUUCUGUUUGGGAGCGCCGCUCGGCAGCUCGCUCCUCAGCUUGGCGACGGCGCUGGCCACCAUGGUGUCGGCCUUGUCGCCCAGGCCGCUGACGACCCCUCCCUUGUCCACCGUCUUGCGCAUCUCAUCGAUCUCUCCAGCACUGUCACUCAGCAGCUUGGACGCAGUCCUACACACACACACACACACACACACUGCUGGGUACCGAAGGAUGGCCUUUGGUGCUCGUGAUGACGGACCUGUCACAUUGCAGGGCGAAGUCCGCGACGCCCUUUGGUGGCUCUGAUGGUCCAGGGCUAUCGACGUCAGCCAGCCCAGCGGCCAACAGGCCCUCCAAACUACGUGAGCGAUGCAGUGAAGACCUGUGUGGCUGUGGUGAUGGUGAGGAGCUCAGUCUUCUCAUCAAGGCCUGUCGGAAAGCAAGCAGUGAGAAACAUGAGAGAGGAUGGAUCUAUAACAAGUCGUUCUGCGCACCCGUGGUGAAGGCAUGGUGUGUCGUUCUGUUGCUGACGAGAACCAGCAAAGGUGCAGCAGUGCUCCAACGCCCUGCAGAACAGUGCAGACGCACAGAUGCCGCCAUACAGCGCAAACACAGGUGCAGGCGAUGAGUGAAUGAAUCAUCCACCCACAGGCAGGCAGCGGGACCGUCCCGCAUCCCCACAUCAGUUCCACUGCCCUCCUCUCUCUCUCCGCUCACCACCACGAGCGCAGAUCUCCACGGAGAGACCUGCGGUCUCCCAGGCGAUGACGAAUCCAUCAUUUUCCGAUCUGCUUCCUCCUU